AUGGUAGAUUUCUUAGAGGGGGAACACUGUUGGUGUCUUUUCAAAACCCCUGCAGGUGAACUUCCGUGGCCGUCUAUAGUGAAACGGAUUGUCGACCAACGCACAGUGAUUCUUGAAAUACUCGGAACAAACAAACAUCUCAAAGUCAAGACGGAUUGGGUUCAACACGGGUAUAAAAUGUCGACCCGGUCCGUCAUGUCGAUUGGCUCGAAAUACACAUUGGACAGCGAAAAGUUUGGUGCGUUGUAUGAUGGUGUUCAACAGUUUUUAAAAGAAGAGAAAUUCACGGACACACCACUGACGCCCGAGUUAGAAGAUUUUUGGAUCCAACAAACUCUUUCUAUGAUUUGA